AGUUCUCCCCCCAUGGAGUUCGGCCUGCUCAGCGAGGCAGAGGCCCGGAGCCCGGCCCUCUCGCUGUCAGAUGCAGGCACCCCCCACCCCCCACUCCCGGAACACGGCUGCAAGGGCCAAGAGCACAGUGACUCGGAGAAGGCCUCGGUUUCGCUGCCCGGCGGCUCCCCUGAAGACGGAUCGUUGAAGAAGAAGCAGCGGCGGCAGCGCACGCACUUCACCAGCCAGCAGCUGCAGGAGCUGGAGGCUACCUUCCAGAGGAACCGCUACCCCGACAUGAGUACGCGCGAAGAGAUCGCCGUGUGGACCAACCUCACCGAGGCUCGCGUGCGGGUGUGGUUCAAGAACCGGCGCGCCAAGUGGCGAAAGCGCGAGCGCAGCCAGCAGGCGGAGCUGUGCAAGGGCGGCUUCGCGGCGCCGCUCGGGGGGCUGGUGCCGCCCUACGAGGAGGUGUACCCCGGCUACUCGUACGGCAAUUGGGCACCCAAGGCGCUGGGCCCGCCGCUCGCCGCCAAGACCUUCCCGUUCGCCUUCAACUCGGUCAACGUGGGGCCUCUGGCUUCGCAGCCCGUCUUCUCACCACCCAGCUCCAUCGCCGCCUCCAUGGUGCCCUCGGCCGCGACGGCCCCGGGCGCUGUGCCAGGGCCCGGGGCCCUGCAGGGCCUAGGCGGGGGCCCCCCGGGGCUGGCUCCGGCCGCGGUGUCCUCCGGGGCAGUGUCCUGCCCUUACGCCUCGGCCGCAGCAGCCGCAGCUGCAGCCGCCUCCUCCCCCUACGUAUAUCGGGACCCGUGUAACUCGAGUCUGGCCAGCUUGAGGCUCAAGGCCAAACAGCACGCCUCUUUCAGCUACCCCGCCGUUCCCGGGCCGCCCCCGGCCGCCAACCUCAGUCCGUGCCAGUACGCAGUGGAACGGCCUGUAUGAACGGCCCCGCCCGUCGAUCAUCCCUGAGAGCGGGGGCGAGAAUUCACGGCCUCGACGGACUGGGGUCGUCUUGACUGGCUUGAGCCCUCCCCGGGAUCUGAGAGGGGUGCCGGGGCAAGUCGGGGUUAGAGAGGCGGCCGGCUCAGGAGAGAGCCUUCCCCCUCCCAGGCCUGAGGGGUGGACUGGGCCCUUAGUCCGCGCCCCUGGGACUAAGGCCAGGAACAGGGACCAGUUCCCCGGGGGCCAACUCACCCUUGGUCCGCCCCGCCUUCUCCAGACUCCCCUCCCCGGUUUUCAAAGAUAAAUGAAAUAAACGUGCGCGGACUGUCAAAGGCCUGAUGAUUCAGAGUUGCGGUUGAGCCCUCUCCCCUCAUCCCUCCCCAUGUCUAAAGGAGAGCUGGGUGUAUAGGAAAGAGGUGAGGGUCCAGGCUUCUAGUGCUUCCGUCGCCCUCAGCCCCCCAACACCAAGAUGGGGAAGCCUGGGGAUUCCUGGAGUUGAGCGGGCACGCAUGCGUGCAUGCGUGUGUAGGUACGUAUGACUUGGACAAAGCUGGUACUGCAGCGCCACCUCGUGGUCUCAUGGAGGAUAACUAGAAGGUCCGAUGGCGAAUGCUUACUUGAAGGUGUCGAUUCUGCAACCUAGGAAGACUAUGACUUUGCAGAAGUUACUCCACCUUUCUGCACCUGUUUCUCCUUGUUCCUAUGAGGGGCUUGGGCCUCUAACAGCAAUAAAAUUCUGGUCUGUAACAGACAUUUAUUAAGUGCCUACCAGGC